CUGCCUAGGAAUGAUGAUAUGAAAGCAUGAUGAAAGAUUAUAGAAAAGAUUUUAAGUACAAUAUUAUAUGCAGACUCUUCUUUUGCUGGGUUGAUCCAUUGUUUUGGGUUGGUUGUUGCAGAAGUCUGGCUCAUUCUGACCUGUAUCCUCAUCCUUUUGAGUGUGACUCAUUGUAUCUACAUGAGAAAUUCAAGGGAUAUUGGUCAAACGAGCUAUCAACUAGGGGCUCAGCUAAUGUAAGGCUGUGGUGGGUGAUACUGAAGUGUUUUUGGUGGAGAUCGUUACUAAUUCAAUUCCUAGCAUUACUACUGGUAGCUGUAUUUAUGGCACAAUCAGAGACAUUGGGUUUGUUAACUGAUUAUUUCUCUCUUGAGACUCCUACACCAGAGGAUACUAAUAAUGUAUAUAUUUAUGCUGCUCUCCUUAUAUUAAUGUCUGCCUUUCUGAUCCUUCUUAAUCUGGUGUUUUAUGUUGGUCGUAAAUUUGGAGGAAUGGUCCGGAUUCUUCUAACCAAUGCCAUUUAUUUUAAAGUAUUAUCCUUAAGUCAGUGCACAUUGAGUCAUGUGACUAUGGGCCAUGUGAUCAAUAUAGCUUCGAAUGAUGUCCAUCGCUUUGAUGAAUGCAUAUUAUACUUUCCGUUCUUUUUGGUAUUUCCCAUUCAUUUAUUUGUGGUGCUAUAUCUUUUAUAUUUAAAAGUACAGUGGAGUUCCGUGAUCAUUGUUGGAGUGAUACUAGUAUCACUGCCAGUAUUAAUCUCUUUAUCUGUUAUUUACUCAAUAUUUAGGUUUAAAGCAGCUAAAGUUACUGAUAGAAGAGUCAAAGUUAUGAAUGAGAUAAUCAGUGGAAUUAGAGUCAUUAAAAUGUAUGGAUGGGAAUAUGCUUUUAGUCAACUGGUCUGUAAAAUAAGAAGGGAGGAAGUGUGGGAUGUAUUUAAAGGCAUUAUUGUAAAGCAGUUGAGUGUUGCUUAUGCUACCAGAAUCCACAACUUGUUAAUAUAUGUAUUGCUCUCUGUAUUUUUACUGACUGGAGGUGACUUAACUCCUGGGAUUGUGUACAGUGUCUUUGCUCACACCAUCUUUCUCCGCUUUACAUUUAGUCAUUUUUCACAGGCACUUCUGUAUCUGCUUGAAUCACGAGUUGGAUACAAGAGAAUUAAAGGCUUUUUGUUACUACCAGAGUUAGAGGCAUUCAGGAAUCAACAUGAAGAAUAUUGUGAUUUUCUUCUUACGGUGCCUUUAAACACUAAUGUUGAUACUAUUGGAAUCACAGUUGAGAAUUUGACUGCAUCAUGGUCUAUGAGUCUUGAUGAUACAACGCUACAAGAUAUCUCAUUUAAUAUUGAUCAGUCUAAGCCAUUGCUAGCUGUUGUAGGAGCAGUUGGAUCUGGAAAAUCCACAUUGCUGCAGUGUUUAUUGAAGGAGCUACCAGUUUUAAGUGGUACUUUAUCAGUAAGAGGAUCAGUGGCAUAUGCUAGUCAAGAGGCAUGUGUAUUUUCAACCAGUCUUAGAGAGAAUAUACUGUUUGGUUUACCAUAUGAAGAGGAAUGGUAUAGGACUGUUGUGCAUGCUUGUGCUCUUGAAAAGGAUAUAUCAUUAUUGGAGAAUGGUGACAUGACACUAGUGGGAGAGAGAGGAGUGACACUCAGUGGUGGUCAGAAGGCACGAUAUACUUUUAAAAUAGGAGGAUACUUCUUGAUUGCUAUCAUUGCUAACUAUUAUCUUAUUGUGCUAUUGGUGAUAUUGUGUACUGGUUUUGUUGGCGUUAGAUGGUACUACAUCAAGACAGCCAGGGAUAUUAAGCGAUUGGAAGCUAUUGCACGUAGUCCAAUAUACUCUCAUUUAUCAAUGACACUGCAAGGACUAUCAACCAUUCGUUCUUAUUCAAUGCAAUCAGUGAUGAUAGAGAGAAUGCACCAGUAUCAGAAUCAACACACUCAAGCCUGGUAUCUUUUCAUAGUCACUUCCAGGUGGUUUUCAAUGCGUCUUGACUGCUUUAUUUUCAUUUUUAUAGCUACAAUUCUUUUUUCAUCCAUCUCUCUUGCAGAAAGUUUUAAUUCUGCUCUAAUUUCAUUGUCAUUAACCUAUGCAAUUACACUCAUGGAUUUAUUUGCUUAUUAUAUGAGAGCUAGCACCGAAGUAGAGAAUUUGAUGGUAUCACCAGAAAGAGUUAUUGCUUAUGGUGGAUUAGAAGUUGAGGCAUCACUGGAAACUCUUCCUCCCUUUUCUAAGCCACCACCUAACUGGCCUGAUAAAGGAAAUAUUGUAUUGAAUGACUUGUGUUAUAGUCAUUCAGUAGACGGUCCACAAGUACUGACUAAUAUAUCAUGUGCUGUAUCUAACAGGAGUAAAGUUGGUAUUGUGGGUAGAACUGGUGCUGGGAAGACAUCACUGGUAUCAGCAUUGUUUAGAUUAGCUGAACCAACUGGUGGCAAUAUUGUUAUUGAUGGUAUUGAUGUUAAUACACUAGGACUACAUGAUCUUAGAAAAAACAUAUCAAUUAUACCUCAAGAUCCAGUGUUGUUUGGUGGAUCAAUUAGAUAUAAUCUUGAUCCUUUUCAAGUGUACAAUGACAAUGACAUAUGGAGAGCAUUAGAACAAGUUCAGUUAAAGUCAGUAGUUGAAGAAUUGGAUGAUGGUUUAUUGUCAGUCGUAACUGAAGGAGGCAGCAACUUUAGCGUUGGUCAAAGGCAGCUCUUUUGUCUGGCAAGAGCUCUAUUAAGAAACAAUACAAUCUUAGUAUUGGAUGAAGCUACAGCCAAUGUAGACAUGAAAACUGAUAGGAUCAUUCAAGAAGUGAUUUGUAAACAGUUUAAUGAAUGUACUGUACUGACUAUUGCACAUCGUCUGAAUACUGUAAUGGAUUGUGAUAAGAUUAUGGUACUUGAUAAAGGAGAGCUAGUGGAGUAUGAUGAACCUUAUUUGUUAUUAUGCGAGUCAUCAUCUUAUCUUGGACAAUUAGUUGAUCAAACUGGACCAGUCAAUGCUAAGAAACUAAGAGACAUUGCUUUAGUGUGUCAUCAAAAAAAUAAGUGAUUUUAUAUAUGAUUGGCUGUUGAUUGUGGUUAUUAUGAUUCAGCUUUUAUGGGGUCAUAGACCAUGCUAGGAUCUGAUAAACAGCUUUUUGCUUUUACAUUUUGAACAUAGCCAGGUCACAUUACGUUUUUCCCACUAUUCUGUAAAUUUUGAAAGUGUGAACAAGAUGUUUGUAUUAUUGUGAAGUUUAUAAUAGAUUUACAUAAUGCUA